AUGUUAUUCGCUGGGGACGGCUCGUUCUGGCCGCUCGUGGCUAUCCCUGAUUUGAGCUUGUACUUUGAAGAAUCAAUUCUCCAGAUUCUUCCAUCUGCCUCUUUCAUCUUCUUCGCGUCGGCUCUCGUUCUAUACUACUGCCAAAAUCCUGUUCAAAUUCGCCGCAGCAGACUGCUAUGGGUCAAACUGUGCGUCUCUCUCCUCAUCAUUCUGCUAGAGAGUACAGGUUUGGCCCUAAGAUGUUCAUCCUACGAUCGGACCGAGGCUACGUAUGCGGCUGUCUCUCUAGAGCUGGCCGCUGCUGUAGCCAUUGCGGUUGUUGUCUAUGUCGAGCACCGGCAUGCUAUUCGAACCUCUGCCAUUCUUGGCCUAUAUCUUGCCACUGGAAUCCUCAUUGAUGGUACCAAGGCUCGUUCCUAUAUUGUGCGCAACAUGGCCGCUUCUGGAGGUGUUGCAGCGGCCACAGCUGCAGCCCGGCUCAUUUUGUUGGUCCUCGAAGAAAUACCGAAGAGCAGCCUGCUCAUCGAUCCCCAGGUUCGCAGCAACGCUGGCGGCGAAGAGACAAGUGGAUUUUUUACGAGGACCUUUUUUCUUUUCCUACGGCCGAUGAUGAAUACUGCUUAUCGAGGCGUGCUUACCAUGGACGACUUGGGUAAGCUGGGACCGCAGUUUCAUUCCGAACGGCUCUCUAAUGAGCUAUCGCGUCACUGGCCGCUGCCUAAACAGUCCAAGAAGCACUCGCUGUUCAUAUCCUGCUGCAUGGCAUGGAAAUGGGCCAUACUUAUUGUUGUGCUUCCGCGCCUUUGCGUGACAGGGUUCACGUUCUCUCAGCCAUUCGUCAUGUAUUCCGUGAUAGGCUCUGUUGACGAUUCAUCUGGCAGUGACGAGAAGAGCGGCGGUCUUGUGCUUGCCACAGUCUUUUCAUUCGGUGGAGCUGCAGUAUCCCGAGCAGUGACCACCCAUUUGAAAAAUCGCCUGGUGGUUCGAAUGCGAGGCGCGCUGCUUUCCCACAUGUCAGCCAAAUCGUACCGGCUAAAAUUGUCCGAGGCAAGGAAGCAAUCGGCCAUAACUCUCAUGAGUGCCGACUUCGAGAGUAUUGUCACGGGUUUACCUGACUUGGUUGAAAUCCCGUUCUCUAUUCUUGAAUCUGGCCUAGGAAUGUAUUUUCUGGCCUUUUUCACCAAGGAGAUCUGCUUGGUUAUCCUCAUUCCACUUGUUACCACAACAAUACUGGGCGUCAUAUUCGGCAAAAACCUGGGGCCAGCUCUACGAUUUUGGAAUCUCAGCAUUGAGGCUAGAGUGGCAAAGACCUCACGGGCACUCUCGCAGCUCCCUGCAAUCAAAAGUCUAGGACUGGGGCCUAAAAUAGCCGAAUACAUACAGCAUCUCCGAGUUGCUGAGACUACCGCCUCCAAGAGAUACCGCGUCAUUCAAUCCUUGUCGCUAGGGUCAGCCAUCAUGGUGGACAUGAUAACACCAGUGAUCGUCGUUACGGCUGCACUGUUUACGAACACAUUCGGGGAGGAGAUGUCAGCGAACAUGGUGUAUCCGAUACUUGGUAUCGUUUCCCUCGUACAAGAUCCCUUGGCAAAACUGGUCAAGAUGUACCCUUCCGCCAUGGCGAUGUUAGGCCUUCUCGGAUUCGCAAAACGUGACAGGACAUGCCAUCGGUCGGAGUUCCGUCCUUCUGCGCUUCGAGAACACAUCAAUCGCCCCGCGGGGGGUUAA